UAUACAUUAAAAAUAAGUACUCAUCCGAAGAAUUUGAGAUAAAGUACAUACUUACAAGACGAUUAAAUCAAGAUCUACUGGAAAAUUUAUUUUCAUAUAUAAGAGCAAUGGGAGCGGGAUACGAUCAUCCGACACCUGUGGAGUUACGAAACCGUUUAAAAUGGUAUAUAUUAGGCAAGCAUUCCGGGCAUGUUCUUUCGUCAGCUAAUAUCGAAGAAGAUUGCGACUCGUCAAUGUUUGUUGAUAUUGAAAAAGUACGUUCCACUGAUGAAACUGUUUCUGAUUAUCUGUGGAAAGAUGAAGAUAUUUUUGAGGAAGAAAUGCUUAUAAAUUUUCCAACAAUAAAAGAAAGAUGUAUAAAUGAAAUGAAAGAAAUAGAAGAGCAUAGUAUACGAGAAGAAAGCGGAAAAGUGUUAAAUUUAAGCACUUAUGAGCCCACUCCACAGGAAUCGAAAUUGAUUGAUGAAUUUGAGCAAGUAAUAGUUACUGAAAAGAUAGAAAAAAAUGCCCUAAUAUAUAUCGCUGGAUACGUUGCACAUAGAUUUAGACAUCAAUUUACUGAGUUAGGAAUUCCCACCAAAGAUCUUCCUAAUCCACCAUCUAAUGAUUGGCUUUGUAUGUUUUCACGAGGGAAUUGUAUCUAUCCUUCGGAAAGUUUUAAAGAAGAUGAUGUUCAUCCUUCAGAGAACGAGAAAAUUCUGGCGCCAACAAAAACCGACGCUACCCAAUACACCUCAGCGCCAAUACAACAGCGCCAUACAACAAGCGCCACACUAGAUCUUGCUUGGGAAGCUGAACGCAGGGGCGUGCGCUAA